AUGCUCCAACGCUCUAGUUCGAUAACAAACACCUUCCUGUUGGCGAACGCCCAGAUCGUGGACUACCCGAUCGUGUACUGCUCCGAGUCGUUCUGCAAGAUCUCCGGCUACAACCGGGCCGAAGUGAUGCAGAAGAGCUGCCGCUGCAGCUUCAUGUACGGAGAGCUCACCGACAGGCCCACCAUCGCCAAACUCGAGCACUGCCUCGACUGCCACACGCAGGAUCAGCUCGAGGUGCUGCUCUACAAGAAGAACCGAACUCCGCUAUGGCUGCUCCUCCACGUGGCGCCCAUCAAAAACGAAAAGGACGUGGUGGUCCUUUUCCUGCUCACAUUCCGGGACAUCACGGCUCUCAAGCAGCCCCUGGAAGACGACGUAUCCAAAGCGGGGUUGAGCAAGUUCGCGAGGUUGGCGCGCUCAGUGACCAGGAGCCGGUCGGUGCUGGUGCAGUUCUCGUCCCACCUGCCGGCCAUCAAGGCGGACACGUCCCGCCAGUCCCAGAUCGCUCACAUGAUGAGCCUGAACGCCGAGGUGCUACCGCAGUAUAGGCAGGAGGCGCCCAAGACACCGCCGCACAUCCUGCUCCACUACUGCGCCUUCAAGGCCAUCUGGGACUGGAUCAUCCUGUGCCUGACCUUCUACACGGCCAUCAUGGUGCCCUACAACGUGGCCUUCAAGAACAAGACGAGCGAGGACGUCAGUCUUCUAGUCUUGGACUCCAUCGUGGACGUCAUUUUCUUCAUCGACAUCGUGCUCAACUUCCACACCACAUUCGUCGGCCCAGGAGGAGAGGUGGUCUCAGACCCCAAGAUCAUCCGAAUGAACUACCUGAAGUCCUGGUUCACCAUCGACCUCCUCUCCUGCCUACCAUACGACGUGUUCAACGCCUUCGACAACGGCGAAGACCAGCAAGGCAUCGGCAGCCUGUUCAGUGCCCUCAAAGUGGUGCGCCUGCUGCGACUGGGACGCGUGGUCCGCAAGCUGGACCGCUACCUGGAGUACGGCGCCGCCAUGCUCAUCCUUCUGCUCUGCUUCUACAUGCUGGUUGCCCACUGGCUGGCCUGCAUUUGGUACAGCAUCGGCCGCAGCGACGCCGAGAAUGGGGUACAGUUCAGCUGGCUCUGGAAGCUGGCCAACGUCACGCAAAAUCAGUUCAAGGUCCGCUACGUUAACGACUCCCAUCUGGGCAUCAAGGCGGAACUGGUCAACGGGCCGCCAAGGGGUACCAUGUACGUCACGUCGCUCUACUACACCAUGACCUGCAUGACCAGCGUCGGUUUCGGCAACGUCGCUGCCGAGACGGACAACGAGAAAGUCUUCACCAUUUGUAUGAUGAUCAUCGGAGCUUUACUGUACGCCACCAUCUUCGGCCAUGUAACGACCAUCAUCCAGCAGAUGACGUCAGCAACGGCGCGCUACCACGAGAUGCUAAACAACGUCCGGGAAUUUAUGAAACUGCACGAAGUGCCCAAGGCACUCAGUGAGAGGGUCAUGGACUACGUCGUGUCUACUUGGGCAAUGAGCAGGGGGAUUGACACGAAAAAGGUACUGAGCUACUGUCCCAAGGACAUGACGGCGGACAUCUGCGUGCAUCUGAACCGUAAGGUGUUCAACGAGCAUCCGGCCUUCCGGCUGGCGAGCGACGGCUGCCUCCGGGCCUUGGCCAUGUACUUCAGCAUGGACCAUUCGGCCCCCGGGGACCUGCUGUACCACACGGGGGAGAGCAUCGACACGCUCUCCUUUGUCGUCGCCGGAUCCCUCGAGGUGAUCCAGGACGACGAAGUGGUGGCCAUCCUGGGCAAGGGGGACGUGUUCGGCGACGCCUUCUGGAAGGAACCGACCAUCGGGCAGUCGUGUGCCAACGUGCGGGCGCUCACCUACUGCGACCUGCACUCCAUCAAGCGGGACAAGCUGCUCGAGGUGCUCAACUUCUACCACGCCUUCGCCAACUCCUUCGCGCGCAACCUCCUGCUCACCUACAAUCUAAGGCACAGGCUCAUAUUCCGCAAGGUAUCGGACGUGAAGCGCGAGAAAGAACUCGCUGAGCGACGCAAGCACGAGCCGCUCCAGGAACUCUCCCAGGACCACCUGGUGCGCAAGAUCUUCUCCAAGUUUCGCAAAAACGGCGGGAGUGCCGGCGGCGACCACCGGUCUCCAGCAUCCCCGCUAGCCGCCCUCCCUUCCCCAGACGUCGAGAAGGGAGGUCUUGUACGUCCCACCUCCCAGGCGCCUGCUGCCGCCGCCGCCAGCCACGAGCCCGUCCAAACGGCCAGGGUAGUUCACAUCUCCGAGGCACCUCCGUCUCAUGCGCCAAAGCUGUCCCGCUGGGCGACGCUGCGUUCAGACUCAACAGCCGGUGGCGAUAACAAGGAGAACCAGCAGGCCGAUAACGUCCCACCCAAGCCAACUGUCCCAGCCGUUCUCCCAGUCAAGGAACCCGUGGCCGUGGCAGUUCCGCCGCGGCCGCCGGUGCCAGCAGCGACGUCCAACGGGGCAGUGUCCUUGCGCGGAUUCUCCAAGUGGGCCAAGUCCAUGGGCUCCAAGCACGAAACUAUCGAGGAGGGGCCCGAAACAGAAUCGACAAGCCCCAAGGGAGAGUCGGAUGAGACCCCGUCGCAACCAUCGGGGACACGCCACGUCGUGCAACAGACGCAUCAGAUCCAGACGCAGCCCCCUCAGAGACCCCCUCCCCUGCCCCCGCUGGAACCACCGCACGGCGCGGACAGUGCGCUCUCCCCGAGGGGUUCCGGCAGGGACUACCAGCACCUCCUCGCCAAUUUGAUGGACAUGCGCGUAGAUCUCAAGAUGGAGAUCCAGCGGUUACACACCAAGGUGUCUCGCAUCGAUGAUCACCUGAUGGAACUUCUCAAAAGUGUGUCCUCGUCGCCGCCUUCGUCGUCCUUGACCCCCAGGGCGGAAGGUCCCUCGGAGGACGCCUCGAAGCACUGCAAGCUCGCGCGAGACACCGGUGACAAGGGACGCGGCCACUCGCUCAAGAGAAAGUCUAGCCACAAGGCGGCACGGACCGCCGACAAGGAGGGCUCCAAGCCGGCCCAAGACGCCAAGUCCCCCGUUACAGACUCUGCAGUGCGUGCUAUGCUUGAAAGCGAAAUCGCCGAACAGGAGUCUGAAAUGGCCGCGUCGUCGGCACCGCCUGUUACAGGGGACUCUCCCGAACAGGACAAGCAGCAAUAG